CGUGCAGCGCGGCCGAUGGGACCGGAACAAAAGUGUUCUACGGAACGCGGUGCGGGCUCAGAGUUUCCGGGGAGGAGGGCAGUGGAGGACCUGUACCAGGCGGUUCCUUCGGCAGCGGAGGAGGCAAUGGCUUUGGCGGUCCGGGGGCUGCGCCUCUGGCGGGCCGCCCCUGCUGGCGGGGCUGGCUGGAGAUUGAUAGCAACAUCGCCAGCUUCGCACCUGUCACCGACAGAACUGAUAGAAAUGCAGAAUGACCUCUUUAAUAAAGAGAAAAACAGGCAGUUAUCAUUAACUCCUCGAACUGAGAAGAUUGAAGUUAAACACGUUGGGAAAACGGACCCUGGCACUAUCUUCGUGAUGAAUAAAAACGUUUCAACUCCUUAUAGUUGUGCUAUGCAUUUAAGUGAGUGGCACUGCGGGAAGUCCAUUCUGGCUCUUGUGGACGGACAGCCUUGGGACAUGUAUAAACCUUUGACCAAAUCCUGUGAAAUUGAAUUUCUUACUUUCAAAGAUCGUGAUCCUGGAGAAGUGAAUAAGGCUUAUUGGCGUUCCUGUGCCAUGAUGAUGGGCUGUGUGAUAGAGAGGGCAUUCAAAGAUGAAUAUGUGGUCAGUUUGGUCAGAGCUCCAGAAGUUCCUGUAAUCUCUGGAGCCUUCUGCUAUGAUGUAGUUCUGGAUAAGAGACUUGAUGAGUGGAUGCCAACAAAAGAGAACCUGCGUUCCUUCACAAAAGAUGCCCGUGCUUUAAUUUAUAAAGAUCUUCCAUUUGAAACUCUGGAAGUGGAAGCAAAAGUGGCAUUGGAAAUAUUUCAGCACAACAAGUACAAAACGGAUUUCAUAGAAGAGAAGGCAUCUCAGAACCCUGAGAGGAUAGUCAAGCUGCACAGAUUUGGUGACUUCAUUGAUGUGAGUGAGGGUCCUCUUAUUCCAAGAACAAGUAUUUGUUUCCAGUAUGAAGUAUCAGCAGUUCACAAUCUUCCAGCCACGCAGUUGAGUCUUGUACGAAGAUUCCAGGGUCUGUCUUUACCGGUACACUUAAGAGCACAUUUUACUAUAUGGAAUAAGCUAUUGGAGAGAUCUCGGAAAAUGACUCUGUUUCCCUUUCUCCUCCUGUAUAUAAAUGAAACAUCCGACUCAUUCUUCAGUACUUCGUCCAAGUCUUACUGUUUCCAUGAAACCUUCUCAGAGCCAUCACCGAACAAAUAUCUAUUCCUACAGUUCCUGCUGGAUUAUAUGCCUCCUCGUAUAGUUUUCUAAUUGUUUCUGCUAGUGCCUUUACAUUCAGUCUGUGAACCCAGUCAGUGCUUGUUAUGUAUGUGUCAUGCCAAAUUUUGAGCUCACCCUUUGGUAUGUGGGGUUGCUUGGGGCUGGGUUGGGGGGGCUGGCUUGGGAGUUAUCUCAGAGGAAACUGCUUGCCUAAAAGCACGGAGAAAUGGAGAGCACGGUGACUAGAACAUAAACCUGGGUGUGCGGUCGUAUGUAGUGUGGGCGAUGAGUCCAACAAAGUGAGCUUCUUGGAAAUAGCAUCUGAGGGGCUUGUCUUCCAUGGUAGGGAAUUUGCAUUCCCCUCCUGAAGGUGAUUGGAGGCAACUGGGAAUUUGAGAAAGGAAGUGACCUAUUGGUCAGCUAUUCCUGUUCCAGAGCUCACUCUGGGGCAGCACGGAACAAAGCUGUGACGUAAGCCUGCAGUCUGUUAGAGGGAUGGAAGAGAUGAGAGCCUCAAGUUCAGGUGUUGCGGUGAGAGCCCCGGGUAGAGUUCGUUGAAUUCUUGUUGAUUGAAAUAUGCACAGAAGAGAACCUAUAUUCUGCAGUGGCAGGCUCGGGUAGCUGGGCAGAACCCCUCAGCGAGAUAGGUAAUGCACGACGUGGGGCAGGUUUUAGGGUGAUGAGUAUAGUUUAGCUGUUUGAUGGAUGUGUUUGAGUGACACAGACUAGAAAUAGGGACAUACAGGUCCCUAUUUCUACUAAACCUGUAAUAUUCUAUGUUUAAAAUAGAAUUAUGUCUCUCAAGAAACUCUGUUGAUUUAAAAUACUGUGUUACAGCAUUACUGGGCUUUUUCUCACACUAAGGAUUUCAUUUUGUAAUUGAAAAAUAAAACGACAAACUUGGGAAGCCUAGAUGGAUGCCUCAUUACAUUUUGAGUGGAAUUGUACUUUACUUGAUAAUUUCUGUUGUGACCCUGGCCUUGUAAGGUUUCUUCUUUUUCUACUUACCUUUCUUUAAUAAUUACUAACGAAGGAGAAAGACCAGGGGUCAUUAUAGGGGAAGGACUGUGGAAUGAUCUAAAAUGGUGGGGGGAGGGUGGAACUAAAAGUUGUUUUUAUUAGAAAAGUAAAGCUAUUCAUGUUU